AUGUCUUACCCAGAACAAUUCCAAGGUAUCGCCGUCACUGAUGGUAAAGAUUGGACUCAUCCAAAGAAGAUUUCUUUCCCACCAAAGAAAUUCGACGAUAGAGAUGUCGAUAUCGAAAUUGAGGCAUGUGGUGUUUGUGGGUCCGAUGUCCAUUGUGCUGCUUCCCAUUGGGGUCCAGUAAAGGACAACCAAGUUGUUGGUCAUGAAAUUAUUGGUAAGGUCGUCAAAGUCGGUCCAAAAUGUAAUACCGGUAUCAAAGUCGGUGAUAGAGUAGGUGUUGGUGCUCAAGCUUUGGCUUGUCUAGACUGUAAUCGUUGUAAGGAAGACCACGAAAACUACUGUUUUGGUAAUAUCUGGACAUACGGUGGUCCAACAUACGCUGAUGGUUAUAUCCCACAAGGUGGUUACGCUUCUCACAUUAGAGUUCAUGAACAUUUUGCUAUCCCAAUUCCAGAAAAUAUUCCAUCUGAACUGGCUGCUCCAUUAUUAUGUGGAGGUGUCACUGUCUUUGCUCCAUUAUUAAACGGUGGCGCUGGUCCAGGAAAGAAGGUCGGUAUCGUUGGUAUUGGUGGUAUUGGUCAUAUGGGUAUUUUAUUUGGUAAAGCAAUGGGCGCUGAAGUUUAUGCUUUGUCUAGAACUCAAUCAAAGAAAGCGGAUUCUCUAAAAUUAGGUGCUGACCAUUACAUUGCUACUGUUGAAGAUAAAAACUGGUCUGAAACAUAUAAGGAUACUUUUGAUUUAUUAGUUAUCUGUUCUUCUUCUUUAUCUCAGCUGGAUAUUGAUGAAUUGAUUAAGACUAUGAGAAUCGGCGGUAGAAUUAUUUCUAUUUGCGCUCCAGAAAUCGGUGAAAAGAUCGUCUUAAACCCACUUGGUUUAUUAGGUGUUUCCAUUGAAAAUAGUGGUAUCGGUUCAAGAAAGGAGAUUCUUCAAUUAUUGGAUUUAGUAUCUAAAAAGAAUAUCAAACCAUGGGUUGAAACCUUACAAGUCGGGGAAGCUGGUGUCAAUGAAGCUUUUGAAAGAAUGGAAAAGGGUACUGCUAGAUAUAGAUUCACUUUGACUGGUUUCGACAAAGAAUUUAAAUAA